CUAUCAACCAGUGAAAGGGAGAAAUACAUGAAGGAAGGGCGAUGCUUCACCUGUGGUCAGACUGGCCACAGGGCUGCCGAUCACAAGCAGGACAAGGGAAAGCAACCAGAGAGGCGACCCAUCCGGACUACAGAGGUCAAAGAAGACCCAUACAAAGGAACCUCCAGUACUGUUGACCAGUCAAUGAAGAUCAAUAUUUUGCUAUCACGUGGAAAGGGAAGCGCUGAAACAACUGCAGAAGCCCUUAUUGAUUCAGGGGCUGGAGGAAUCUUCAUCAACCAGAAGUUUGGAUUGACGAACAAGCUGAAGACGGUCCCUAUACCGAGACCAAUCAAAGUCUUCAAUGUUGAUCGCACCAAGAACAGGCAAGGCCACAUAACCAAGGCCGCAUUCUUACAGAUGAAAAUUGGAGAUCGAGUCCGCUCUGUCCAAUUUCGCGUCACCGACCUG